AUGUGCAAACUUGUCAUAUCCACUUUCAACAACCCUCUGUCACUCGAAGAAUUUCCCUCGAGCCACCAUAGAGGCUCAUCUGGCAAACGUCAAAACCCAACAAACACAAAUGACCUUUCACUCUGUGCAUUCUUGUGCACGGUAAAGUCCUACGCUCCCCUCCCCCCAAAAGGGGAGACAGUGGCUAGGAUGAAAACAAGGGUUAAACCCUGUGCCAACAAUCCACCCUCGACGGAUUCACAGUUGCAUUUACGAGUCUUUUACAAGCAAACAAAGCCGAUUGGCUCAUCUUUUCAGGAAGAUUUUCUGACUUUUACACCAUCAACCCGCACUCUUGUGCACGGUAAAGUCCUACAUAUGGUCUCAACAACGGGACAGAUCGAUUCUCUGAGACGGCUUCCACAGUUCGUUGUAGCAGAGAGGCUCUUGAUGCGGUCGACAUGCAAUCCUGAGUUGGUCCAGGCACAGGCUGGGGCCGCUCGCGACAACAACGCUACUCUACUGCUCACAAGCUCGCCCUCAUUGUGCCUUUUGAAAGGUGGCACGCGGCAGACUCAACGAGAGCUCGACCAUUCUGCGAGGCGAGAAAUUGGAGCUCGGCGAGUAGGGCGACGUGGAGAGAAACACUUGUACAUCUCACAUCAUAUGCACGGCUGGCAUGAGGGAGGCUUGUGA